ACUACGCGGACAAUGACUGGCCGAUUCUGGCUCUGCUGUGGCCUCUGGUGUGGGUGUGGGCGUGGCCUCUGUGAAGGGGGCGUGGCUCCACCGGCGGUGUGUCGGUCCGUAUAAAGGCUUCGGUCGUCGGGUGGCCGUCACACAUCAACCUGUGAGCUCCUGCAGUCAUGAACAAGUUUUUGGCUAUCGUUGUGCUGGCGGCGGUGGCCUCGGCCGCUGAAAAGAAGGAGGACCUCAAGACCGAGGAAUCCCACCCGGUGGCCUCCUACGGCAGCGGCUAUGGUUACGGAGGCCACUCUGGUCCCAGCUACAGCCGCUCCCAUUCGUACACCAGGACCUACAGCAAGCCCAGCUACGGAUACGGACAUGAUAACAGCUACGACUACAAGCCCAGCUACGGCUACGGCAGCUCUGGCUACGGCAGCUCUGGCUACGGCAGCACUGGCUAUGGCAGCUCUGGCUACGGCUACUCCCGCCCCUCGUACGGCUACGGCCACUCCACCAGCUACGGCUACGGCCGUCCCAGCUACGACUACUCCGGCUACGGCGCCGACAACAGCUACGGCCGCGACUACGGCUACGGCCAUGGCUACGGCUCCGACCGCGGUCACGGCUACGGCUACUCUGGCUACAGCCGUCCCUCCUACGGCCACGGCUACUCUGGCCACGGCUCUGGCUACGGCCACUCUGGCUACGGCUACAGUGCUCCCUCGUACUCGUACUCUCGCAGCUACGGCUAUUCGGCUCCGUCCCGUGGUUACGGAUACGGCCACUAGAUGUCACUGAAAACAGCUGACCCCAAGAUCUGACCCUGCCUGGUUUGUCAGUGUCGGUGUUAGUAUGGGCCAAUCAGUGACCAUUUACGGUAAAGGUCCGCCUAUUUAUUCCAGUGCACUGAUAUUGACGUAUGCAUGUGUAUUGUGUUACUGAAAUGUUUCCUAAAUAAAAAUGUACUGCAGUGAA